AUGUGUCUGAAGGCGAGCAUCACCGACAACGAUCAUGAAGAAGUCAACGACAACGAUCAUGAAGAAGUCAACGACAACGAUCAUGAAGAAGUCAACGACAACGAUCAUGAAGAAGUCAACGACAACGAUCAUGAAGAAGUCAACGACAACGAUCAUAAAGAAGUCAACGACAACGAUCAUAAAGAAGUCAACAACAACGAUCAUAAAGAAGUCAACAACAACGAUCAUAAAGAAGUCAACAACAACGAUCAUGAAGAAGUCAACGACAAUGAUCAUGAAGAAGUCAACGACAACGAUCAUGAAGAAGUCAACGACAACGAUCAUGAAGAAGUCAACGACAACGAUCAUGAAGAAGUCAACGACAACGAUCAUGAAGAAGUCAACGACAACGAUCAUAAAGAAGUCAACGACAACGAUCAUAAAGAAGUCAACGACAACGAUCAUAAAGAAGUCAACAACAACGAUCAUAAAGAAGUCAACAACAACGAUCAUAAAGAAGUCAACAACAACGAUCAUGAAGAAGUCAACGACAACGAUCAUGAAGAAGUCAACGACAACGAUCAUGAAGAAGUCAACGACAACGAUCAUGAAGAAGUCAACGACAACGAUCAUGAAGAAGUCAACGACAACGAUCAUGAAGAAGUCAACGACAACGAUCAUAAAGAAGUCAACAACAACGAUCAUAAAGAAGUCAACAACAACGAUCAUAAAGAAGUCAACAACAACGAUCAUGAAGAAGUCAACGACAAUGAUCAUGAAGAAGUCAACGACAACGAUCAUGAAGAAGUCAACGACAACGAUCAUGAAGAAGUCAACGACAACGAUCAUGAAGAAGUCAACGACAACGAUCAUGAAGAAGUCAACGACAACGAUCAUAAAGAAGUCAACGACAACGAUCAUAAAGAAGUCAACGACAACGAUCAUAAAGAAGUCAACAACAACGAUCAUAAAGAAGUCAACAACAACGAUCAUAAAGAAGUCAACAACAACGAUCAUGAAGAAGUCAACGACAAUGAUCAUGAAGAAGUCAACGACAAUGAUCAUGAAGAAGUCAACGACAACGAUCAUGAAGAAGUCAACGACAACGAUCAUGAAGAAGUCAACGACAACGAUCAUGAAGAAGUCAACGACAACGAUCAUGAAGAAGUCAACGACAACGAUCAUAAAGAAGUCAACGACAACGAUCAUAAAGAAGUCAACGCAACAAUCACGACAUCGUCUCAAGAACGGACUGACCAACUGGAGAAAGAGAAAGCGGCACCCACAUAG